AUGAAUAAAAUUAUAAAAGUUGGUUUUGAAAAAAUUACUCAUACAAUUGAUUUUAAUAAACAAAAAAUUGUGAAUGAUAAAAAAUUAAGCGAAGUGAAUGUUGUUGAUGUAGAAGAAUUAAGAAAUCAAAAUCAACUUAUAAAAAUAAGAUGUAAAGUUUUUAAGCAGACGAAUGUUACAGAUCCUCCAUACAAAGUUGAGUUGGAAUUAAAUGCAGCCAGACACGUCAUGCAAAGAAGUUGUACGUGUGUGUCUCAAGCAUGUGGGAAAUGUAAGCAUAUUUAUGCACUAAUUGAUUUUAUUAAUAAAGACACUGGCGAAUCGAAGACUUCUGAAGAACAAAAUUGGGGUAAACCAUCAACUAGUCAGCUUGCAAAAGAAAUUUUUGCUAAACCAUUACUCAUCACUGAUGAUUUUAUUUUAAAAAAGAAUUAUGGACCUGUUUACGACGUUGACUUUUCAGAAUUAGGCGAAAUUAAUUGUUCGUUUCGUUAUGUUUUAAAAUAUGAGAAGGAUUUCUCAAUGAGAACAUCUGCCAGAAUGUUCGUGGAAGAUUUAUGUGAUGAUGCCGUGAAUGAUGUACAAAAAAGUGUCGCUGGAAAUGUGAUUGCUAACUUACUCCAAAAAUCAAAGCAAGUAAAACUUUAUUCACGCAAUAUAAUUUUUAAUGAUGUUAAACUUUAUGAUUAUUACAAUCUUUAUGUAAAGAUGUACAAUUACCAAAUAUUAAAUUUAUGUUUGAAUACCGUAAAGCAGAGUGAAUCACAAGAGUGGUUUUCUACGAGAAAAAAUCGAAUCAGUGCUUCCCAAAAGGCACACUUGAUUAAAACUAGCAAAAAAAAUGACAGUAGAACUUUGGCAGAUAAUUUAGUAAAUGGUUCUAAACCAACGACAAAAGCAAUGGAGUAUGGUAUAAAAAAUGAGAAAAAGGCUGUUGAAGCAUACAUGAAACAAUUUGAUGUCGAUGUAGUAUCAAUUGGCUUAUUUGUUAAGCCACUUCAAUCAUGGCUGUGUGCCAGUGUUGAUGGCAUAGUCAUUAAAAAUGGUGAAGUCAUGAAAGUUUUGGAGAUUAAGUGUCCUGCCACGUGUUCAUCAAAACCAAUAUUUGAUGAAAAAACGAAUAGCUUUAACGUAAAAUAUUUAGAAUUAAGAGAAAAUGAAGCUAGUCUUAAAAAAAGUCAUAUUUAUUACACUCAGUGUCAAGUCCAAAUGUAUGUUGUUGGUUUAAAUUUAUGUGAUUUAUUUAUUUGGUCACCGAAGGGGUAUUAUGUAGUAACUUUGAAAAGAGAUGAACAAUUUUUAGCUAGUCUUAUUCCAAAACUAAAACUUUUUUAUUUCCAUUACUAUUUAAAAGCCUUAGUCAAAAGUCAAAAAGAAAAUAUCGUUUAA